AUGCAUACGUACCUGUAUAUGUUAUCUUUCACACCGCUGUCACGCAUUAUUAGCUCCGGAGACGACACACACGACGUCAUUGAAAGCGGAGAGGUCCUUUUCAUUCUGCUCCUGUUUCUCUUCUUGUUUCUGCCAACAGCGUACCGUGGGUGCAAUCUCCCCCGCCUCUCACCAACCACGACCACCCACCCCGUGUUUGACAUGGCCGACGCCGCGGCGUACCUCAAGCUUGGUAAAAAGAUCCAGUCUAGUCGAUUUGGAAGGGCCGGCGUGGCUCGAGAGGAAGCGACCGUCAGCCAAAACGACGGAUAUGCGGCAGCUGCUAGCGACGGUGGGACUGCUGGCGUAGAUGUCACCUCCAACAGUACCACAAGUGGUUUGGUUGUGGUGCAAGUGAAUGACGCGCAGCGGGAGGUACAACAACUGCCAAUGAAAAAGAAAAGGGUGGCGAAGCGAUCACGCAGCGGCAGUGACGAAAAGGACCGACCUACAGCACUACCGGUGAAGUCGAACUCGAUGGCGACUGCUGAACCCGCGACAAGCACAGGCCAACCCCCCUCAGAGGAUUUGUCCACCAGAGGCGUAGUCUUUGAAGAUGAGUUAAAUUUGACGAAUGUGGCGUCGCCCACGGCGCCGGUUCCGCCGGUAGAAGGGGUGGCUCAGCGCAUCAAUCUCAUGGCGAAGUGGUUCCCCGCGUCCUUGCAAGAGCGCAAACUUGACGCGGCGGUGGCGCCCUCCAUGAUGUUUGUGGAGGCGACCGUCGACCGCGUGAACAAAAUGCGUGAAUAUGUCCUUAUCCUCCGUUACGGCAUCGAGGAUGCGGAGGCGCUCUUGGAAGAAACGCGGCAAACCCAGUCGAAUGUAUGGGGAAAGAAGUCCGUAGACGGCAACUCGACUCAUCAGGGGCCGCGGCGAGAAUACUGGGACCUGUCGAGUAGCGAGGUUCGCCAGCUAGUGCGUUCGGUUGGUCUCCCGCGUUUUACGCAGGCGCUGGCUGAGUUUUCAGAUGCGGUAUUCACCUCGCACUGGUCAGCUGCAGCCGCCGUCUACCGCCUCUUGUCUCGGCGUCGUCGUGUUUGUGCCCCAAUGGACUACAACAUCAGGGCCUGGCAUGAGUAUCUCAAUACUCACGGGCCAGAAAGCGGGCGCGCGCCACGGCUUUCAGAUUUCCUGUGGCUGAGUGCCGCUAGUACCUCGGCGAUGUUCACCGCCACGGCAAGCCGGCUGUUGCGCGGCGCGCGCUCUUGCGCGGAACAGAUCAGCGUGUCGGAUGCUUCGCUGGGCGACAGAGCAUCACGCACAGGGUCUGAGGGCGACUUCGGGUCCUCGGAUCGACCGAGGUUCUUUGACAACACCGAGACUGCGGCUGAAGAGGAGGAGCCGGUGCCGACGCGCGUCUGGCUGCUGUCCGCGCCUGUUAAUUUUCCGACAACGCUUAGUCCUGACCAGCGCGCGGUGCUCUCUUUUCUGCGCUUUCUCAUGCCGACCUCUCACUCGUCGCGGGAGCGUACGACCUCGGUGGGCUACGGCGUGUGGCUCUUCGCGGCUUUCAGCGCACUCGACAUCCCGCUCGACCCUGACACAGACCGCCUGGCGCAUGACCUAUUCCGCACCUGCUGCCGACAUCUCCGCACACUCGCAGCCUGGCAGGGUGUCUCCGGCAGCACCCGCGACUUGCUGCUGAGCAAGCUUCAUCCUCGCAGACCCGACGCUGCUCCGCCUUUGUAUGCCUCCCUCGACGACAUUUGCAGGGAGGACGUGCUCGCGCUGUACACGAUCGUCGUCGUCCUCGCCCGCUUCUUCCGGCAGAACCAGGACCAUUUCAUGCCUUUGUGA